UGAAGUUUCAGGUCAGCUAUAGCAGCACCGUUUAUGCCAAUUUCUGGACAAAUAUCAAUUGAAUUCGGUAAAUUAACUAUUCCGCACAUUACCUGCGCUUCAUGCAAAUCUCGCGGAGAAUAUGAAAGUAUCGACGUGGAGAUACAAGACGAAAAACUGCCAGAAAAAUCAGCUGAUAAUAAGGAUGAGAGUUCGGCCGAAGGAAUUACUAGGCGUAAAAGCUACAAUGAUAAUAAAAGCAACGGUUAUGAAACUACAUCUGCCGAAUUAUUGUCACUUACCGCCAAAGAAUGGAUGGCA